UUUUUAUCUUUUUCGUCAUUCGACGCUCUCACAAAAUCCCUUCGUUCAUUCAAUCCUUACUCUGAUCCCUGCUUUGACAAAGUAAAAAUUUAUUUUAAAAAUUUCUCUCUCUUUCCCCCAAUUUACCCGCCAAAAGUUCCCUGAUUUUUUUUUAAUUUUUUAGUUUUAUAAUUUCUUAAUUCCCACUCGGAUCUUUAUUUCUCCCUCUCUCUCGCUCUCGCUCUGGUUUCAGUCCCUCUUCUUAGAAGACGACGUUUUUUUCUAGAUUGGCUUUGUUUUGUAAUGGAUCCCGAGGUGGGUGUCGACGAAAACGCAGCGUUUGAGCCUUCUCCUGCGGUGGGGGAGAAACGUGGGGUCGAAAACGGGGCAGUUUCUGCGUCCAAGAAGCAGCGGUGCGGUGGGGGACUAAAGAGGGUAGCGGAGAUUGUGCUGGUGUUGUCAACGAUGGGGAAGAUGAGGGGAGGUAAGAAUCCUACGUCGGCGGAGAUGUCGUUGAUGGCGGAGGCGCGUGAGACGUUGGCGGAAAUGUGCGGGGAGAUGGCACCUAAGGAUAUUGUUGGGAGGGAUGCAAUAGGGAAUGUGAUUGAAGAGUUGGGGCUUAAUUCCAACCUCAAGGAGCAGAGAUUAGGGUUUAGGGAUAUGGGAAUGUCGAUUUCUCAGAAGGUUUUGUUCGCCAAAAUGAAGAUGGAAGAACCUAAGAAAUUCACUACACCUGGUACAUAUACAUCUCAGCCUUUGCAAACGAAUAUUGGUGGAUCAGCUGAAAACCGUGGAGCAUUACAUGCAGCUCGCCUUUUGCCAUCAGAUCAACCGAUUCACCCAGCCGUAUCUUCUGGUGGCAUCCCAGUUUCUUUGCCACCUGCUCAUGUUGCAGCAGCAGGUUCAGCUCCCUUACAGCAUCAAUUGCCCACCAGCGAUGUAAAAAUGCCAACAAUGUCCACUGGAUUACCAAGUGGCCAUCUUGGAAGGGAUUCGUCUUCAUUUGCAUAUCCCAGGGUUGAGAGACCACAAAUUAAGUUGGAUGGAGGAUCAAAUGCGGCUUCUUAUGUUUCCCAAAUGCCAGUUAAUUCUUCGGCAAGCCAUCCACCUGCGAAUGCUCCCACUUGGUCCAUACAAGCUCAAUCUGCAGGGUUAGCUAAAUCCGGGCAAGAGAACAAGGUUUUGACUCAUAAUCCAAUAAAGGUUGAAGGAAGUUCUGGUUUGACUACAGCCCAGAUGAAUAAUCAAGCAGUGAGAGAUCAAACCUUUAGACCAUUCAUUACUCAAACUGCACCUGGAACUUUUCCUAGUGUGCACCAGCCAGUGCAAGGUGCAAACUUUACACAAGCUCCUCCAUUUAUUAAUAAUCACAAUGAAAUUGCUCGAAUUGUUCAAAAGCUGUUACAACCGAAGCUUCCUGCUCAUCCAACUUGGACUCCUCCUUCUAGAGAGUAUAUGAAUAAGGCUUUGACUUGCCAAACGUGCAAAGUUACCAUUAAUGACGUGGAAACUGUGCUGAUUUGUGAUGCAUGUGAGAAAGGAUUUCACUUGAAAUGUUUGCAGUCAAACAAUCAGAAGGCAAUCCCUAGAGGUGAGUGGCACUGUGCUAGAUGCUUGUCAUUUUGCAAUGGCAAGCCUUUGCCCCCUAAAUAUGGUCGUGUCAUGAGAAGUAUCAAUGUAUCCAAAGUGCCUUCUAGCACAGCUGAACCUCAGUCAUCUUCAGAGAAGAAAAUGGAAAAUCUGGGUUCAACUGUCAAUCAUGAGAAGGUAACUGCAAAUGGAAGCUCCGCAUCACAGACUCUGGCUAUGGCCACUGCAGUUGACAGCAACUCUGUUGAGUCAGCAUCUGGUUCUAAGGUUCCAAAAGAGAACUUGACGAAACCUUUGGAGGCUGUAUGUGAUUUGCCUUCUGUUGGCACCGUAAAUGAGAGACCUGAAGAACAUUCUCAAAUGACUGAAUCAUCUAAUCAUGAAGAAAGAAAAGAUCCUACAUCAACAUCAGAACCUGCUGAUACAUCAGAUAACACAAUCUGCAAGAAGGCAGAUCAUUCUCAGCCUUCAGAUAACUCUAAAGAUAUCCAAACAGGGCAGCAAAACUUUGCUGAAGUCCCUUCAAAUAAUUGCCAUGUUGAAAGUUCCGGAGUUAAAGAUAUGGAGAAAGAUUGUUCGAAAGGAGAUAUUGACUGCAUUAAACAGAUUAAUCAAAGUGAACAAGAUGCUGUAGCUGCACAAGUUAAUCCUUCUGGAAAUUCUGGAGCUAAUACUGAGAUUUCAAGGCAUCUGGAGUUUUCUUCUGAUGGUUUGCGUGCUGUGGAAUGGGCUGGUGACAUACUUCAAGUUGUGGAUGGGAAAAAAUUUUACCAGUAUUGUUGCAUUGAUGGCAUAAUUUAUAAAGUUCACGAUCAUGCUCUUGUUCAUUCUGGCCAGGAUAAACUGAUACCAUCUAAGCUUCAGGCAAUGUGGGAGGAUGCUAAAACAGGGUCAAAGUGGGUGGUUGUCAAAAGGUGCUACUUUCCUAGUGAUUUACCGGAGGGUGUUGCACAUCCAUGUCCUCCUGAAAUCAGUGAGGUUUAUGAAUCUAAUAACGAUAGCACUGUAAUGGCAAGCGCGAUCCAGUGCCCGUGUGAAGUUCUUCCUGCUGAUAAAUUCAAAGAAGAAAGUGAAAGACGAAGUCAGUUAGGAAUUGAAGCAAAUGAAAGAUCAAAGGCAAUUUUCUUAUGCAGAUGGCUUUAUGAUGAAUUCAAUGGAAGCUUUCAGUCUAUAUCAAGUUAAUACAAUUAUGCACCCACUUUACCCACCAUGCCAUGACUCGUUGCCUUGGCAAAUUAUAUCCGCUACUCAGAUUGGGUAUAGAAAAGGUUUGCAGCUUGGACCUGUUGUACACAUCUGAGGAUCAUUAUUACUUGCUAUUUUGCCUUGUAUUGUACAUGUAGGCAUAGUCCUAGAACUACUUUGUGUAUCAUAGUUUGGUUAGCAAUUUAAGUCGAUUUCUUAGUGCCUUUUCUAAUUUGUUUCAACUAUUGUAAUGAGCCUGUUUCAACUUUUUAGAACAUUUCCCCACAUUUUCUUUUAUAUGAAAUCAUUUUUGGGUUUAUGUGACCAAAUGCUUAAAUUAAAA